AUGUCUAAAAAAAAUCGUAAUUAUCGCAAGAAAACUAAAUCGGAAGAGGAAGAGGAAACUUUGGCACAAAUUGAUGAAACAUUAGAUGAUCUUGAAGAGCUUCGAAAGUUUCGUAAGAAACCUCAAGGCAUUGAUGUGGAAAAAUUAUUAAAAGGUGAAUCAAAAAAAAAGAAGAAAAAAGAUGAUGAAAAUUGGAAGCAAAAUACUGGCGAAACUAUAGAUUCAAAUGAUAAUAAUAAAGAGAUGGCAUAUAUUGAAGAAGAAAUGCGAAAGCGUAAAGGACAAAAGGAUAAAUCAAAUCAAGAAGAAGACAAAGAACAAAAUGGUCCCGCAGACCCUCGUGAUGAGCUUUUUCAACCACCAGAUCAUCUACGGAUUGAAAGUAAACCGAUAUCAGAAGGCAAUGUUCAAUUAUCUACAACCAUGCUUACUGCAAUACCAGAAGUUGAUUUAGGAAUAGAUGUACGACUUAAAAAUAUUGAGGAAACUGAGAAGGCAAAAAGAAAAUUAUUGGAAAAAAGACAUCAAAAACCAAAAGUUGAAAAGGAUUCAUUUGAAGGAUCUAGUUUUUCGGCUACUAACAGAUUUUAUCGCACACGCCCAACUGUGAGUGACCAUGAAAGAAUUAACAAUGGGGGUGACCAAUCAAAUCACAACUCAUCAAAUAAUAACAAGCAUGGUGCUCGAAGAGAAAUAGCAACAGAUGAUAUAGUUGCUGAACGUUUUAAGAAAAGAUUAAGACGCUAA